CCCAGUGCUUCAUUCAUCGUUGACAAACGACGAGACAAGAAUAUCAACGGUCGGUGAAGAUAAUAUUCUGUUAAAAUGGUGCAAAUCGUUGGCAAGUACGAGAAUGUUGCAAGCGAGAACCUCGAGGAGUACCUGAAGGCUGUCGGUGGAUCUGCUCAGGCCGAGGCUGCCAAGGCUUUCGCCCAGGGUAAGCCUACCUUUGAGAUCGUUCAGGCUGGAGAUAAGUGGACCAUCACUGUCUCCAAUGAAGGCAAGACUUCUAAAACUACUUUUACUCUUGGAACUCCCUACGAUGAGACGAUGCCACAUGGAGCUGUCCUCAAGAGUGUGACAACCCGGGAUGGAAAUACCUUCACCACUGUGACUGAUCUCCCCGACGGUAAUCAGUCAGUUCGUGUAUAUGAAUUCACUGACUCAGGCAUCAAUGUCCACUUGGCAGACAAAAAGGUCGGCGCAAAAGCCACCCGCACGUACAAGAGAGUUUAAUCAUAACUUAUCAGCGAGAAUGCAAGAACUGGCUCCUCAUCCAAUGAUAAUGUAAUUUUUUCAUGUUCCAUUGAUUGCAUUUACUGAUGUUCUUAAUAAAGAUUAUUUGAUCGAAUUACGAUGAAGCAAAA